AUGGGUCUGAUGUUGAAGAAGCCUCAGGGCGUAGCUGGCUCGACAGCGCCCGCCAUCCUGGUCGGCUUGUUUGUUGCCUUCGGUGGUGUUCUGUUCGGUUAUGAUACUGGUACCAUUGGUGGUAUCCUAGGAAUGAAGCACUGGCGAGAGCUUUUCAGCACUGGCUUCAAAAACCGUACUGACGGUCUCCCCGAUGUCACCGCCGAACAAACCUCGUUGAUCGUCUCUAUCCUCUCUGCUGGUACCUUCUUCGGUGCUCUGACUGCCGCACCUACUGCUGAUUUCCUUGGUCGCCGUCUCGGUCUUGUUGUCAGCAACAUCGUCUUCUGUGUCGGUGUCAUCCUUCAGACUGCUGCUACCGCUAUCCCCAUGUUCGUUGCUGGACGUUUCUUCGCUGGUUACGGUGUUGGUAUGAUCAGUGCCACUAUUCCCUUGUACCAAUCCGAGACCGCACCCAAGUGGAUUCGUGGUACCAUCGUCGGUUGCUACCAGCUUGCUAUCACCAUCGGUCUGUUGCUUGCUGCUAUCGUCAAUAACUCCACCAAGGACAGGGACGAUACCGGCUCGUACCGUAUUCCCAUCGCUGUUCAAUUCGCCUGGGCUAUCAUUCUCUUCAUUGGUUGCAUCUGGCUUCCCGAGACUCCUCGCUGGUUCAUCAAGAAGGGUCACCCAGAGAAGGCUGCUAAGUCUCUUUCCACCCUUCGCCGCCUUAAUGUCGAGGAUCCCGCUCUCGUUGAGGAGUUGGCUGAGAUCACUGCCAACCAUGAAUACGAACUGUCUCUUGGCAAGGCCACCUACCUCGACUGCUUCCGCGGCAACCUAGGAAAGCGUCUCUUCACUGGUUGUGCUCUCCAGUCCCUCCAGCAGCUCACUGGUGUCAACUUCAUCUUUUACUACGGAACGUCCUUCUUCCAGAACUCCGGAAUCAGCAACCCCUUCGUCGUCAGUAUGAUUACCUCUUGCGUCAACGUUGCCUCAACCUUCCCUGGUCUUUACCUCGUUGAGAAGUGGGGUCGCCGCAACCUUCUCCUUUUCGGUGCCAUCGGUAUGGCUGUCUGCCAAUUCAUCGUCGCCAUUACUGGUACCGUUGCUGGCGUUGAUAACCAGUCUGCACAGAAGGCUUUGAUCGCAUUCGUCUGCAUCUACAUUUUCUUCUUCGCCUGCUCAUGGGGACCUGUUGCCUGGGUCGUUACUGGUGAGAUCUUCCCUCUCAAGGUCCGAGCCAAGUCUCUCUCUAUGACUACAGCAUCCAACUGGCUGCUCAACUUUGCCAUUGGAUACGCUACCCCAUACAUGGUCAAUGACGGUCCCGGCAACGCCAACAUGGGUGCUAAGGUCUUCUUCGUCUGGGGUGGAUGCUGCUUUAUUUGCAUCUUCUUCGUCUGGGCCAUGAUCUACGAGACCAAGGGACUUUCUCUCGAGCAAGUCGACGAGCUCUACGGCAAGUGCUCCCAAGCCUGGAAGUCCCCUGGCUUCGUUCCUUCCCUCUCUUUCCAAGAUGUCCAGGACAUGCACGCCGACAACCGCCGUGCUAGCCUUACCGAGAUCGAGGCCGAUGCUUCUCGCAAGAGGAGCGCCACCUACAACGAAUACCCUGAGAAGCACACUGUUUAA